UUGAAGUCCUCUUCGUUAUUUUGGUAGAAAAGAAAAAGAAGAGGAACAGAGAAGCUUACUAAGCUCGACAGAGAGAGACAGAUGUCUGACGAGGAGCACCAGUUCGAAUCCAAGGCCGAUGCUGGGGCUUCCAAGACCUACCCUCAGCAGGCUGGUACCAUUCGCAAGAAUGGUUACAUAGUCAUCAAGGCCAGGCCUUGCAAGGUUGUUGAAGUCUCCACUUCAAAAACUGGCAAGCAUGGUCAUGCAAAGUGCCACUUUUUUGCAAUUGAUAUUUUUAAUGGAAAGAAACUUGAAGAUAUUGUUCCUUCAUCCCACAACUGUGGUGUUCCUCAUGUCAACCGUACCGACUACCAGCUGAUUGAUAUCUCUGAAGAUGGUUUUGUGAGUCUUUUAACUGAAAAUGGAAACACCAAGGAUGAUCUGAGGCUUCCCACCGAUGAAAGUCUGCUUAGCCAGAUUAAAGAUGGGUUUGCUGAUGGAAAGGAUCUCGUGGCGAUUGUCAUGUCUGCAAUGGGAGAGGAGCAGAUCUGUGCCCUCAAGGAUAUUGGUCCUAAGAACUAAGUAUGAUGCUGUAGCAGUAGCUGUAGCUUAU